AUGUCCACUGGUCAUUCGGACCAUGCCUAUGACCUGCGCAAGACCCCAGAGUCAACUUCACAGUCCGCUCCGAUGAGCGAAACAGCGCCGCCGAGAUCGUCGCUUAUUCGCGGCGCAACAGAAUCCAUUGCCUCAACUCAUACCGAUACUACACACAAACCAAAGAACUCCAAAAGAAUGACUGACAAACAAACCCUGGACUAUGUGGUCAAGAGUGGCAUUGCGGGAGGGCUGGCGGGGUGUGCGGCCAAAACCGUUGUAGCACCACUCGAUCGUGUGAAGAUCCUAUUCCAAGCGUCAAAUCCCCAAUUCGCCAAAUACACAGGUAGCUGGACUGGCCUGUUCGCAGCAAUCAAAGACAUCAAGCGCAAUGAAGGCACCACGGGCUUGUACAAAGGCCACUCCGUGACUCUCCUCCGCAUCUUCCCCUACGCCGCUAUCAAAUUCCUUGCAUAUGAACAAAUUCGUGCCGUCAUUAUUCCCUCCAGCGAACAUGAGACUCCAUUCCGCCGCUUGAUCUCCGGAAGUUUAGCCGGCGCCACUUCCGUAUGCUUCACAUACCCCUUAGAGUUGAUGCGAGUGCGAAUGGCUUUUGAAACACGACAAUCGCACCGCGCAGGGUUGGUCGAUAUCUGGCGCCAAAUAUACCACGAACAAGCCCGAGCCCCGCCAACUCACUCCGCCGCAGCCACAGAAUCGUCCACCGUUGCUGCGGCUGAAACUGCAUCUUCGGUCGUGUCAAAAGCCGUCCCUCGCACUGGCAUUUCCAACUUUUACCGUGGCUUUGCUCCCACUAUCCUCGGCAUGCUCCCUUACGCCGGAAUGUCUUUCCUCACUCAUGACACAGUGGGUGAUUUGUUCCGCCACCCGGUGGUCGCGCCCUAUACCUUACGACGAGGUUCAAGUCUAGAGGCUUCUGCGGAACGGUCUAGACGACCACCGCUCAAUACCACGUUCGAGCUUCUGACCGGUGCCGUUGCCGGUCUCGUCUCACAGUCUUGCUCAUAUCCCAUUGAGGUCCUCCGUCGGCGCAUGCAGGUCGGGGGUGCAGUUGGUGACGGGCACCGUCUUGGAAUGGCCGAAACGGCUCGUACAAUUUGGCUUGAGAGAGGGUUCCGAGGAUUUUGGGUUGGACUCACUAUUGGAUACAUUAAAGUUGUGCCCAUGGUUGCUGUCAGCUUUUACGUCUACGAGCGAGCCAAAAUUUGGAUAGGCAUCAAUUAG